UUUUUCUUCUCUCCAUUCAUACUAACAGAGAAUCAAAUCGAAAGGGAAAAAGACAAGAAAAGCCUCAUCAGUUUUAGCUGAAGUUCAUCAAUGGCAACUGCUACUUUUGCUGCUUCUCCUUCACUCUCCUUGAAUCAUCAUCGUUCUUUGGUUCCAAUACAACGUGGGGUUUCUUUGAAUUCAAAAAUUCGUGUUCCUACAAGGUUUUCCUCAAAUGGGUUCACUUCAAGAAUCAGGGCUACCUCUGCUGUUGCUGUAGAACCGGAGUUGAGAACUCCAGCUCAGGAUGUUACGGAAGCUGAAUUGUUUGCUUGUCCAAUUUGUUAUGAACCACUAAUAAGAAAAGGCCCUUCAGGCUUUAACGUACCUGCAAUCUACAGAUCGGGCUUCAAAUGCAGAAAAUGUAACAAGUCAUAUUCAAGCAAAAAUAUCUACCUUGACCUCACUGUUACUUCCGGAACAAAAGAAUACAAUGAAUCUAAGCCAACUGGGACUGAGCUAUUCAGGAGCCCAGUUGUUUCAUUCUUGUAUGAAAGAGGCUGGCGUCAAAGUUUUAACCGAGGUGGUUUCCCUGGUCCUGAUGAAGAGUUUAAUAUGGCUCAAGACUACUUUAAAGUGGCUGAAGGUGGAGUUCUUGUAGAUGUUAGCUGCGGCAGCGGAUUAUUUUCCCGGAAAUUUGCCAAAUCUGGGGUCUAUUCAAGAGUCAUUGCACUUGACUUUUCUGAAAACAUGCUUCGCCAGUGUUAUGAUUUCAUCAAGAUGGAUGAAAGUAUCUUAAGCUCCAAUCUAGCUCUUGUAAGGGCAGAUGUUUCCAGAUUACCUUUCUUUUCUGGAUCAGUUGAUGCUGUACAUGCAGGAGCUGCCUUGCAUUGCUGGCCAUCUCCGUCCAAUGCAAUUGCUGAAAUUAACCGGAUUUUGCGUAGUGGGGGUAUAUUUGUUGGUACUACAUUUCUUCGAGUUAAUCCUUCAGCUCCUCCGAUAUUGAGGGCUUUGCAGCAGAGUGCUACACGGACCUACAGCUUUUUUACUCAAGGGGAGAUCGAAGACUUGGUUACAACCUGUGGUCUCAUCAACUAUACAAGUAAAGUUCAGGGAGGUUUUAUCAUGUUUUCCGCACAAAAACGCUGAUUUUUGUCUUGUUGAAGCUCAUCAACCUCCAUGUUUACUGUAUAUUCUUGUACUCAGAUUUGCAAUGUAUCUCUACCCUGUAGAUAAAUUAUAAAAUUGAUUCAGGCAAUUGUGAAUAAUAUUGCUGUUAAAAGACAAAUGUAACUGGACACUGGAGUGGCAUAU